AUGAACGCCUGUUCAGGUAGAGUGGAAGUGCUACGGGGAGAAACCUGGGGAACAGUCUGCGAUGCUUACUGGGAUUUGAAGGACGCGGCCGUCGUCUGCAAUCAUCUCCAUUGUGGAAAAGCCUUAUCAGCGCCUGUUGGAGCAUUCUUUGGUCAGGGUACCGGAAUGAUAUGGAAUGACGUAAACGAAUGUCGUGGCAAUGAGAUGCGGUUGAAUGAAUGCCUCAUUGCAUCAUGGGGACAACAUCAGUGCACGCACGAUCGGGACGCCAGUGUGAUCUGCUCUGAUGAUAUUUCCGUAAGGCUGGUGAAUGGCGGAAGUCGUUGUGCUGGAAGGGUAGAAGUUUAUUACAAUGGAUCGUGGGGGACCGUAUGCGAUGACGGGUGGGAUUUAACAGAUGCUCAUGUUGUAUGCAAAGAAAUGAAUUGUGGGUUUGCUGUUAAUGCCACUGUUUCCAGUUGGUUUGGCCAAGGUGCUGGUCCUAUUUGGAUGGAUAACCUGAACUGUUCAACGAAUAAAUCAGCCUUGUGGAAAUGUCUGUCGAGAAGAUGGGGUGACAACGAUUGCAUUCACAAAGAAGAUGCUGGAGUUAUCUGUUCGGAACAUAGGGACAUAAGGUUGGUUAAUGGGACGAAUCCCUGCCAGGGCAGACUUGAGGUUUUCUUUAACGGAACUUGGGGAACAGUCUGCUCUGAUUCAUUCGGCAUUGAGAAUGCACAAGUCGUUUGCUCCCAGCUCAACUGCAGCUCGGCAAUAUCAGUCGUAGACAAAGACACAUUUGGAGAGGGCACUGGACCGAUCUGGUUGGAUGACAUUAGAUGUCGUUUUGAAGAUUCACUUUUAUGGCAAUGCCCAUCUUCAAAUUGGGGUCAACACAACUGCAGACACCAAGAGGAUGUCGGGAUCAUUUGUUCAGAAUUUCGGCCGCCGAAGCACCGAGUUGACUGGGUCAAGAUGAAUAAAGUAGUCGACUCAUUUCGCCAUGAUUACGGUAAUUAUGUUGCUGUUGUUCGUCCUUCGGAGUGGAAGACUACCACGACUUCUGUCAUGUGGAGGGCGUUCUCGGAGUCUCCCAAACGCGGCACUGGCUUUGGCAAUUCUGUUGCUGAUCUCUGCGUCCUCAUUCACCGCUCGUAA